CAGAAGCAGUUAAUGAAUUUUAAGGGUGAGGUUAAGGGAGGUGUUAAUGGUAGGCGAGGUGAGUUAAAUGGUCUGCUGGAACGGUGAGGAGCUUGACUGUCAGCUGUCAUGUCGUGAGGGUCUCAGCCUCUCUCUCCCACUCCUCUCUUUUUAAAUAUGCUUAAGAUAGGCAACAGAAAGGAUCAUGGUAUAGACUAUAAGUGCACGAUACGCCUGCUCGAUGACAACGAGGUUUUAGAGUGCGAGUUCCAGAGUUACCACAAAGGAAAAGUACUACUUGACUUCUUGUUUAACAAGCUCAACCUUAUAGAAGUUGAUUAUUUUGGCCUUCGAUACGUCGACCAAAAUAAACAGAGACACUGGUUAGAUCCAAGCAAGAAUAUCUUGAGACAAAUAAAAAAUCUAUCACCGAUCCUAUUUUGCUUCCGUGUCAAGUUCUAUCCUGCGGAUCCUUUGAGACUGCAGGAGGAGAUCACUCGUUAUCAGCUCUUUCUUCAGCUUCGACGAGAUCUUUUACAUGGAAGACUCUAUUGUUCGCAGACAGAUGCUGCUAUGCUUGCUGCAUAUAUUGUCCAAGCUGAGAUUGGGGAUUAUGAUCCAACAAUUCACUAUGGUAAUUAUAUUAGCGACUUCAAGAUCCUACUCAAGCAAACACACAAAAUUGAGGAGAAAAUCAUGGAGUUACAUCCAACCUUGAAAAAUCAUACUCCUCUGAUGGCAGAGACUUGCUUUCUCAAAAAAGCAUCUGCACUUGACACCUAUGGUGUUGACCCUCAUCCUGUCAAAGAUCACAGAGGAAGUCAACUUUAUCUUGGUCUGAACCACACCGGAGUCUUGACGUUUCAGGGCUCCCGCAAGACACAUCACUUCCGAUGGGGUGAUGUACAGAAACUGAAUUAUGAGGGCAAGAUGUUUAUUGUGCAUCUUAUUUUUGCUGAGGAUGCAAGAACUAAGAAGAAGCACACUGUGGGAUUCAAGUGCCCAACAGCAUCAGCUUGCAGACACCUUUGGAGAUGUGCAGUUGAGCAGAGAUUAUUUUACACAUUACAGAAUUCAAACAAACAAGGUGUGGUGGUAACAGGAGGGUCUUUUUUCUCACGAGGGUCACGUUUUCGGUAUGCUGGAAGAUGUGAGAAGGAAGUUGUGGAAGAAAGCUCGAGCAUUUUAAGAGAACCACCAACUGUAAACAGAGUGUCUCUCAGGAACAUUGGGAGAUCAACUUCCCUUCCCACCACCCCAGCAGACUCUGAUACUUAUGAUGCUGUAAUGAGUCGUGUCCACCGACCUCUUCCGUAUAUAGACCGAAGCAGUAGUUUGGAUGAGGAUGUAUUGUGUGGGGCAGACACAGGCUCACAAGACUCCACAGAAGGGCUCAACCACAUAAAUGGGGGCUGUGGAGGCCCUGGUGCUGCCUACUGUCCAGAAUCAACUUUGCCACCACUGUCUCUUUUAGAGCCACUCUUAGAGGCACAGGAGAAUAAAUCACGUUCAUCUUCCAUCCUUGAUUCAAGUUUUAUGGACGCUGAGAGUAGUCUUGAACCAUGCUUGGAGACCAAAGGAAAACAGGAAGAUGAAGAGCAUAAGGAUAAGGAGGGAGACGUAAUGGGAAACAGUAAGGAACUUGAAGGAAAUGGGGAGGAAGCGAUGCUCCAGCAGCAACUUUUUUGUGACUACAGUGGUCGGGGUCACACAAGUGAAUUUGGUGAUACUUCAUCAACAGAGACCUUAGGACCACCUCAUAGUCAAAGUGACCCUCGACCUCCACUAACAAAUAGAGAAGAUAAAUGUCUGAAAAGUCCUCUAAGAAGUAGUUUGGCACCUUCCAGAAGAGAGAAAUUGCAAGUACCACCAUUAUGUCUUCCCCAAGACCUGACACGGGGAGGGGCCCAAAGGCUGCUACGGGGUCGGAUAAGUAGGCUUAACGUAAAAGCAUUUCUCAGAGUAUUUCUUGUAGCUUUUGUUUUUGUUGUCUUUAUUCUUUCUUGCUCAGUAGUUCUUGUUUUUGAAAGCGAGUCAGUCCUACUUCAAGGUGUUCGCUCUACACGAGAAAUGAUGCUUCUCAGAUUACAGUAUUAUCAACCCAUAAAGGAACAUAUAAAAGGCUGGCUUGGUAUAAAACCAUAAAUUAUUUUCAUAUUACAGCUAGCCUCUUCCAGAAAGUACCUACAGUAGACAUACAUUAUGUAGUAUGUAUCUCAUUUAUAUUUGUAUAUAAAUUUCAUUCAGUGGAGUAUUUGGUAUUUCCUUUGAAUGGCUUGCAUACUGCCUAAGUGAUGAAGAGUAAAAUUGAGAUACUUAUAGGCUUGACUCUGUUAUAUGCUGCUGAUACAUUGUUUUAGUAUAGACACCAGCAAUUUUUUGUUGCCUGCUGGUUAAAGUGAUAUAUUUUUAUUAUUUCCCUGCAUAUAUAUGUAUGCAGUUGCAGAAUGACACUUGUAGAAUAUGUCUAUGAUAUAGAUGACCAAGUAUAGUUAAGGCAAAUUGGUAUUUUGUUGUGGGAUCAGGCCACAAACUAGAUCAUGCUUUGCUUGCUGUUCUAAAAUAAGAAUAGUCAGUGCAAUAAGACUCAAGAGGUAGAGCAGCAGAAAAGAUAUUUUGAGAAGCUAUUAAUAAGUUGAGUAAUAAUGAGCCUUGAAUAAUUUGGUCCUCUAUCAGGGACGUUUACUUCACUUGGCCUCUUUUCAAGGCUCAGCAUCUUACUUGGCUUUAGUACAAUCUUACCUCAUAUAUAUCUUCUUUUUGAUAAAAAAAACUUAUCCCCCAAAACAUUCUCUUGAGGUGCAUGUGUUUGAUGCCCAGUAAGAAUUAAUUUUUCAUAUACCCUGUACUGCAUUUUCACUGAAAUUUAUAGCUCAGAAUUGUUACCUUGUUUACUAAAUUGUUUAUGAUCAGUUGUAGUGUAUUGACUACAAUGAUUACAUAUGCUAUAUAUAGUACAGUACAGUUACAACAACCAAAAAUAACACUAUUUUACAGAACUUUUAUGUAAUGUGCAAUCUGGCCCUCAGUAGCUCCCUGGUACAGUGGCUCUGGCACCACAGAUACAUCUGCAAAACUACAAGUUCUUUAGACUUGUGUAAGUCUACUGAAUACCAGAUCCAGAAUGUGGUGUGUUCAUAGAGGCAUGGAUACCUAAGAUUGACUCAAUACAGAGCAAAACUGCCCUGCGAGUCCAUUGAAAAUUAACACACUUUAGAUGUAAUUCUUUUCUGAAAGAAAAAUGGAAACAAGGGAAGCGGCAGGUUCAGCAUUAACAAACCAUGUGACAGUAUCCAAGAGCAGGUUCAACCUGCCUGCAUUUUUUAUGUGCUGCCUCCCAAAAGACCCCUGAUCUCCUUGGAAAAGAAAGGUGGGUAUAGGAAGCUACUGAGGCUGCUCAGAAAAGAGCAUUUUAUUGCAUUCAUUGAUUUCUGGGCUGGUCCUCAGCAGCUCACUUUUGUAUAUGCCUAAUAAUGCCUCAUAUAGGAAGCCAUCUUUGUGCUAAUAGAAACAGUGCUGAAUUAAUGAACAAAAACAGAGGGCUGACCAUUGGGGUGAGAAGGAUUGAAACCUAGGGUCCAAGAAAAGAUGGAUUUAGUAGAUAGAAAGGCAUCAAAAUGCUUAACAAACUUGAUUGAAUUCUAUGAUGGGUCACCAAAAUAAGACAAGAGGCAAAAGGAUGGGAGGAUUGCAUCUUCCAAGACUGCUAAGAAGCUUUUGAUACAGCAUUUCGGGCAGGUACUUAAUCCCCGGAAUACGAUCCGCCAAAUCGUUUAACAAACAGGUACCUAUUCACUGCUGAGUAAACAGAGGCUACAGUUAAGGAUGUUCUUUGAUGUUCUCCAUUUUCAUGUUCUACAAUAACAUUGCUGUGCUUCCAGUCAUUGAACCCCAAUGUAGCAAAGGGAGAUUCUUUCUUGGACAAUAGGAAACAUACAAAGCAGUACAAACGACCUUGGGAUGGUGAAUAGCGUAGCCAUUCAUGUUUUACAUACUCUCCAUUCCGUAGUUCAUGUUUGUGAACACAUUGAUAAAUACCUUGCUUUCAUAUUCUCUACUUCAGCUGUUUUAUAAUCUGCAUGAGUUUGAAAGGUUGCUAUGAUGAUUCUGACAUGAUGAGGAGCCCACUACGAAUCUAGUAAUCUAUUGUGUUAGUACAGUAUCAUUAAUGCUCCAUGACCCCAGAUCUGUCUCGUGGAUUGCAAACUCGUUUACCGAUACAGAUUUGGGUAUUUCCUCUUGUAAAAUGUCACCAGCAGCAGCAACAGACAAUGAUGGUUUGUCUGCUGAAACUGGAUGAUUGGUAGCAGGACUGCAUGUAGAUGUGGGUGCUAUAUCUGAAGGAACAGUACUAGUGGCUGACAUUGCAGGAGUGGAUGCUAUAUCUGAAGGAAUGGUAUGAGUGCCUGUCGUUGCACCUGUGUUGAGCCACAAUAUUAAUUCUGGAAGUUUUCCUUUUUUCCUCAUCCUCUGCAGCUCUCUUCCUCUUCUGUGCUUCACUCAAAACAUUACAUUUCAUUGAAAGGGUUAUUCACCUGGAAAUCUAUAUCUUAAAUAUUUAGUAUGUAGUCGCACACCAGGAUGUAGGGUUAUAUUAUAUAAGUGUGCUUGCAACAAGACCCAAAUAUUUAAACAUUCUACUUCCAUAAUGAACAUGUCCUAUGCUCGUGGGGCCCCUGGGCCAGUGCCCAUCGGGCCCAUGCAGUAAGUUGGCUCUGAUAACAGAAGCACAACAAACAUAAUAGUGGCCUCCAGUUUAACGCGUACUGGACUCUUAAACUCGGUACUGUAUUCCGAAUUUAACGGCUAAUGGCUUGGUAAAUAAAGUGCCAGUUGACGAUCUAAAAUUCGGUCGUUAGAACUGGUGAAACAGUAAAUAAGAGGUCCUUAAAUAGAGUGGAUACUGUAAAAUGUUCAUUGUCCGCGAUGAAAUCCAUGAUAUAUAUAUUUUUAAUGUUUUACUCUAUAGCACUUCUCUGUGGGUAAUGCAAUGGAAAUUGUGAAGUUCAUGGGUUGGCAUUCACAGCUAUUAAUUUAAUUUUAAUUUAGUAGCCACACCAGCUUUUCUAGCCAUCUUUUGCAAGGCUGUCUGUAGCCAGACUAGCAGAUUGUGUUCAGUAAAUGCCUUAUUUUUUCAGUGCUGCCAUUGAAUAUAUGGAUGGUAGAAGCCAUUUGAUAGCCCUCCACCCAGGAGGGCAGCUCAGCCAAUAUAGACCGUAAGAGACAACAAAUACCACAUGUCUAUGGAUGGGUAGAAAACCAAACCCAGCAGGUGGACAAAAGCAACAUGAAUGGCCAUCAAGAGUAAAAUAAAAACACUCAUAUUCCCAAAGUAGUCACAUAUGGGCAAGUGAAGUCACAAGACUUCAACCAACAAAGUGAUAAUGAUUUUAUAACAUUGUUAUACUUAUUUUCAAAAGAUUAGAAAAUACUGUACAUGGCAAACAAGCCACCCAGAUCAAACAGAAAGUGACUCUCAGACCCGUUAAAGACUUGAUGCCCAUCCAGGACAGACCGAAACCGUGAUAUCUUAAUUUUCAGUUGCAGGCUGGAUAUCAACUCUUCAGCCACAUUACUGUUACUUGUUGUCUCCAUUAAAGCACAUCCGGAAGCACCAGACACAAGGGUAUCGAGACCAAAUUCUACACACUGAACCCCAGAAGUACAGACACAAUAAGGUUUACAGUGCCUCAGAAUUAAAUUGAAAGAUUCCUUAUUCACAGAGCAUGAAUAUUCUCAACCUUUUUUUUUCUCUCUCUCACACUGUACCUCAUACAGUAAACCCUAAUAAAAUCUCAUCAACAGGCCUAGUUUAAAAACCAAGUCAGACACUGGACAUUGGGGCAACUGAAGAGGAGCAAAUCAAGAAAGGAGGACACUUAAAACCCGCAGAGAAGAUAACUCUAGUGUGGAAACAAAAAAUGCAGGGCCAAAAGCCAGGGAAGAUAACCCUGAAACAAAAUUGGUGUGAACUAAUUGGCUGCUGACACAGUAGAUGGGAGGCAUAAACAAGUGUGAACCAUCAAAUAAAAAUAAAUACCUAGCCUGGCCCUUGAAGAACAACCAAAUCCCAAAGAAUGCUAAUUUCACUUAGCUCAAAAUAGCAUCAGUCAUUGCAGAAGAGUAGUAACAGGUACAGAAAUAAAGCAUACAUGCAGAUGGAACCUAUUUUUACCCAAGCUGCCAUCUGUUGGUGCACUUGAAUACUAGCACAUGGUUUGUUGACAUUAGAAAAACUACCUGGCCUUGGGCCGGCCCUUGGGAGUAGAACUCUCAGAACCCCUUCCAGGUACAAUCCAGGUACCUACUUCUUUCCUUGUUUCCAUCUUUUUUUUUUUUUUUAAUUUCA